CAUUUUCCAUAAUACUCCACACUUGUAAAUAUUUAAUAAGAAUUAAACCCACAAUAGAAUGCGAUACUCAGUUACACUAGAGAAUUUAAUUUAUUCGCAGCAUUACUAUAUGAGGUUGCUAGGGGGACUUAUGUUGUCAUGCAUGAAGCGGUGGUUUUGGACACUGGUGUGCGUUGUGUGAGGUGUCAGUUGAGGGAUUUAUUGGGGCUCAACUCCAUCAAAAAUAAUUUCUAGAAUAUAAAGGAGAGCUUCUUUGCCAGGCUGGUAUCUUGCCAUCACACUGAAGAACUUGACAGGAGAGAGGGAGAGAGAGAGAGAGAGAGAGACGGACGAGAGGAGAGAAGCAUCCUCCAACCCCGGAGCUCAACCUGAUGGAAUACUCUGUGAUGCCCAAUUCCUGAUUGCUGAAACCUACAAUACAGUCCCAUACUGUCAUGUGAUCGAAUAACUUAGCCCCAAAAUUUUCUGAAACAUGGGUGACAUUCCCGAGCCGGGAGCUGCCAUGACCAUGCCGGAGCCGUUGUCUUGCCUCACCCUGCGAGUCUUCUACCUGAGGGUGAGCAGGUGCGAGGUCGACGAGUCGAUGCUGGACACUCUCACCCUCACUCACACUCCACUCACUCCCGACACCGUCCUGAAAGCGGGUGGCAGGGAUCAGCAACCAGGCGUCAGCAAUGGCAACGUGUCCUGCACCCUCCGCAGAGACCGCGUCGAUGCGGCAUCGGAGGAGGUCACCUUCGUCAGCACGGAGACCGUGAGGAUGGCCGGCAGCGUGCGGUUCGAGGUCCAGAACAAGGACGAGAGGCUGCUCGUCGGGAUCCUGGAGAUGUGCGACGCGGAGAGCUUAGGUGGGGACGUGACGAUGAAGGAGAAGAGCGGAGGCAAGAAGAAGAGCUGGGUCAUGAAGUUCCAGGUCGCGACGCAGCGCGGGUCGGGGUUUCUGAGGAGCGGCAGGGAGACGAAGCUGCCGCCGACGGUCGAGGUGUACGUCGCGGGCGUGUCCCGUGGCACGCCGAUCGUGUUCACCAAGGCGAUGCAGCUGCGGUUCAGGAGGAGGCGUCAGGUGAAGGCGUUCAUGGACCCGAUCCCGGAGUGCGGCGAGCAGGCGGAGGACACGAAAGAAAUGGCUCAGAAGCAUGAUCCAGAGGAAUCGGAGUACAGGUGCUAUAAGCCUGACCCAGACGCAGACGACAACGAGAGCCUGUACAUGAGAUCCGCAGGGCCUGAAGGUGAAGAGUACAGCGAGCUAUCAUGGUUCACCGCCGGCGUGAGGGUCGGCGUCGGCAUCAGCCUGGGCAUCUGCCUCGGCGUCGGCAUCGGCGCCGGCCUCCUGGUCCGUUCCUACCAGUCCACCUCGAGGACCCUGAAGCGGCGGCUCAUCUCAAGCCUGCUCUGAAAUCUGAACCGACGACAAGCCUAGCAUUCCAGCGCAGCAAGACCCAACAACACAAUUGCUUGCCUGCGCUUCUCUGAUCGGUGCCUAAUUCCUAAAGCUUUUCAGUGAUGCAAAGACGUGGAUGCUCAAACGUUCUUGGCUCGCUACGCCGAAUGUGCCUGCUGUAUAUCCUAGUGCUGUUACUUACAAGGAAAGCACUUUCUCA